AUGCCGAACGACGACCUCACGGUGUGCGUCCGUGAGCUCUCCUGGGACGUCGACCAGGAUACGAUCAGGGGGGACUUCGAGAAGUGCGGCGCGAUCGACCGACUGAACAUGCCCAAGGACGACAAUGGCUACCUCAAGGGCGUUGCCUUCAUCCAGUACGCCGAUGAGGCGGGCAUGAAGAAGGCCUUGGAGUACCACGGGUGCAAGUACCACGGCUGGGAGCUGGUGGUCCACAAG